AUGGCCGAGCCGCCGGCCUGCGCGCCGCCCGCGAGCCUUCUCAAGCACGACGAGCCCCUCUUCGUGGGCUUCGAUGGCGCCGACAGCGCGGCCAAGCCCGGCACGGCGGCGGGCGGCCAGCUCGGCGAGAUGGUGAAUUCCAUGCUGCCGCCGCGCGAGUGGACCGAGCCCACGGGCACGUGGAUGCAGUACGUGUCCAAGGCGCCGGCGUCGCGCACGGACGUCAUCGCGAUGCAGGAGGCGUUGGAUGCCAAACUGCUCGAGCGACAGGCGCGCGACGCGGGCAUCUGCCCGGUCAGAGAGGACCUCUACGCGCAAUGCUUCGACGAACUGAUCCGGCAGCUGACGUUGGAUGGACCCGAGCGCGGCUUGUUGCUCCUGCGCGUCCGGGACGAGGUCCGGAUGACGGUCGACGCCUACAAGGUAUUGUACGACUCGUCGGUGACUUUUGGAGUCCGCAAGCAGCUCCAAGCCGAACAAGGCAUGGCAGAGCUCCAAGGGAGGGUCGCCGAGCUCGAGGCCGAGAACAAGGAUCUGGAGAACCGCGUCCUCGAGCUCCGGAACGGCGUCGAGGUCGUGGAAAAGAGAGCGUCGGAGCACAAGGCCAUGGCCGACAAGAAGCGCAAGGACGAGAUCGACUUCCUCAAGUACCAGGGCCAGCACCUCGACCAGUUCCUGCGCCAGCUCGGGCCGGCGGCAAAGUAA